AUGGCGAACACGGGAAAUGACAGUGGCAAGAGGGGAAGAGAUGAUGAAGAGUCAGAUAAACCUUCUAAAAAACGAAAAACCCUUCCGACCAAAAGACCAUCAAAACCUGUGAGGAAAGCUCUACCUUCUUCAAGUCAAAGAGGACAGCCAGUACAGCCAGGACCACCAUAUCCUGUAACUCCAGGGACAGUUGUACCUGGAAUGGGAUCUGGGACCCCUCAAGUUCGUAUACCAGGUGCCCUACGACUCCCCCCACGUUAUGCCCAAGAACAAGGAUUGCGACGACGUCAAAAUCGGAACACUCAACCCUUCAAUCCCCUUCGCAAUAUCUACGAAACAGAGCCACAGACUCUCGGCGUUGAAAGAUUUAAUGUUACCCAAGGAAGCGGAAGUGGGAGCGGGCAACCAAGACCAGCACAACAGCUCCCAGCCUAUCCCAAUAAUCCACAACCGCGAUACGCAGUUCCCGGUACCCAACGAGGACCCCCACGCAGAACUGAAUCUGGUCGGGUACAACAAGUAACUCGGCCAGGUGGAAAUACUACUAUGGCGUCUUCUGGUCCCAGAAGUCCCGAAAUGUUAGCCUGGCCUGAAACACGUAUAGGUAGGCCAGAAGUGGCAGAUCCUGAAACCCCCCCUCAUGCAAGAAGUUUGGGAAUGGGAUACGCAAGAAUACAACCACUAGACGGACAAGGAAAAGCGCAUUAUCGCGGUAUCGGAAGUCGUCUGACAAGUAUCCCACGCAACCUUUUUGGCAAAAUGGCUGAGGAUAUUGUGCGUCUGAGGAAUCCUAAUGCUUCUGCUUCUCAAUCUUCUUCCGAUGAGAUAGACCGAAGGGCCGGAUUCAAUAGACGGGAGUGGUUACGGAGUGAACGGGAAUGGACCGAAGGGAUUGCAGGUCCGAAUGACAGACCUGACCUUACGUGGCAACAAAGGCGGUGGAAAGGGGCUAAAUUCUUGGGCCAGGGAAGCAAUGGAAUCAUUGGGCUUUGGCAGAGGAAGCCCGGUGGGGAUGAGAAUCCUUCGGAGAGCCAAAUGGAAAGUGAUAUCAACAAGGUGGUUAUCAAACAACAAAAGUUGGAUGAUAGUUUUGUGAAAGAAGCAGCCAUGUUUGACUUACUUAAGAAAACGAACUCGUCCCAUCUGGUUCAGGCAUAUAAAACUGCCAUUGUAGAUGAAAAGGGCUAUGGUGUUUCGUCUGCGGAGAGAAUGAGCUACCUGCCGGCCUCCUUAAAUAGAGGCUUCAAUCAAAAAGUGGGAAGGAUGUUUAUGGAGUUAUGCGACGGUGGCACCUUGGACGACUAUUUAGCCAAAGAGGUUUAUAUGUCUGUAUUUUCCCCCUUAGUACCCGAAAGAGAUGUACUGACCAGAGGUAGUGCUCAUUCAGCAGACAAGCCGUUUCCAGAGCGUUUGGUGUGGUAUGACAAUAUUCUCCUCCCAUUUCUAGCAUAACAAACCAUAUAGAAAAUAUAAGCUUACCUGCUGUCUCAAUUCAGGCACAUUUUCGGCUGCGUGGCUUUAGGACUUAUAGCCAUAGAGCAUGGAAGUGAAGACCCGAGUAAAUUCGGUAGGUCGUGGCAGACAAUCCACAACCUAGUCCACUUCGAUAUCAAAGGCGAUAAUGGUAAUGAGCCACUUCUAAAUACAAAUGCAGCUCAAAACUGAUCAAGAAUUACAGUAUUUGUGAAACUUGGCGCCCCAGGACACGAAGAAACACCGCUUUUUAAGGUUAGUUAAGGGUGGCGCGGAAACUCCUGGCUUCGUAAGAACUUGGGUCUCUUUGAUUCUGACAUGAAAUACAGAUUGCAGAUUUCGGAUGCAUGCAGGAUGCACCACAACGGAACGAACAACGCAGAGAUAGUAGUUGGGCUAGGAGAACGAGCUGGUUGACACGUUUUACAGGUGUCCAUGCCGGUCCGGUAUGUUCAGUUCACCCCCCAUAAUAUGAUGGAACUUCGGUUCUUUCCGUCUAUAUGCCUCAAGCUGAUAAUGCUUUAGGAAAUGGCACAUAACAAUUACACCCCCGAGAGAUAUUAUGGAAGCCCGUUGAACGUAUGGUAAGUUGGAAUCAAUAAAUCAUCGCGAAACCCCUUUUCUGAAACUUCAAACAGGCAAAUAGGUCGAGCGAAGGCGACAAUCGUCUUGCGAGGUCGAGACAUCUGGAAAGGGGUGGGACGGCGACCGUACUUCCAACUUCAACCCAAUUCAAGCCAGGAGAAGGUUUUACGAACGAUAGUAAUCGAUAUUCUUGACGCUCCUUAUUCUGUUGCCCUUCGAGGUCUUCUUCUCCGUUGCCUAGCAUACGACUGGAAAGAGCGGCCUACCCCUAUAUCAUUGUGGCAGGAGGUGAGGACGAACUCCGAAGUUGCGGACGGAGCCGCUAGACAAGUAGCACAACAAACGCAGCUGGAAGAUGAUCGGGCUAUGUUUGAAGAGUUACAGAAAUUGAAUAUGGAGAUAGGUCAAGAAGGCGGAGGACAACCUCAAUCACCCUGGCAAACUGAGUAUCAAACUUUGCUGCGGCAAUCAAAAGCUCCACCCAGAGUAACAACUCCAGCUGCAGGACAUCCCGGGCAGACGAAGCCACCAGAAGAAAAUUUACCUCUGUUCACAGAUCCAUCUGCUAUGCCCACAGGCUUUGAAGAUUAUGGACGGCCACCUAGACCCCAGCCUUUUAAAAGGAGACGUCGCACAGAUAGAGGAGACUAG